AGUAGUAGUAGUAGUAGUAGUAGUAGUAGUAGUAGUAGUAGUAGUAGUAGUAGUAGUAGUAGUAGUAGUAGUAGUAGUAGUAGUAGUAGUAGUAGUAGUAGUAGUAGUAGUAGUAGUAGUAGUAGUAGUAGUAGUAGUAGUAGUAGUAGUAGUAGUAGUAGUAGUAGUAGUAGUAGUAGUAGUAGUAGUAGUAGUAGUAGUAGUAGUAGUAGUAGUAGUAGUAGUAGUAGUAGUAGUAGUAGUAGUAGUAGUAGUAGUAGUAGUAGUAGUAGUAGUAGUAGUAGUAGUAGUAGUAGUAGUAGUAGUAGUAGUAGUAGUAGUAGUAGUAGUAGUAGUAGUAGUAGUAGUAGUAGUAGUAGUAGUAGUAGUAGUAGUAGUAGUAGUAGUAGUAGUAGUAGUAGUAGUAGUAGUAGUAGUAGUAGUAGUAGUAGUAGUAGUAGUAGUAGUAGUAGUAGUAGUAGUAGUAGUAGUAGUAGUAGUAGUAGUAGUAGUAGUAGUAGUAGUAGUAGUAGUAGUAGUAGUAGUAGUAGUAGUAGUAGUAGUAGUAGUAGUAGUAGUAGUAGUAGUAGUAGUAGUAGUAGUAGUAGUAGUAGUAGUAGUAGUAGUAGUAGUAGUAGUAGUAGUAGUAGUAGUAGUAGUAGUAGUAGUAGUAGUAGUAGUAGUAGUAGUAGUAGUAGUAGUAGUAGUAGUAGUAGUAGUAGUAGUAGUAGUAGUAGUAGUAGUAGUAGUAGUAGUAGUAGUAGUAGUAGUAGUAGUAGUAGUAGUAGUAGUAGUAGUAGUAGUAGUAGUAGUAGUAGUAGUAGUAGUAGUAGUAGUAGUAGUAGUAGUAGUAGUAGUAGUAGUAGUAGUAGUAGUAGUAGUAGUAGUAGUAGUAGUAGUAGUAGUAGUAGUAGUAGUAGUAGUAGUAGUAGUAGUAGUAGUAGUAGUAGUAGUAGUAGUAGUAGUAGUAGUAGUAGUAGUAGUAGUAGUAGUAGUAGUAGUAGUAGUAGUAGUAGUAGUAGUAGUAGUAGUAGU